GGAAGAGGAGGGAGGAGUUAGUCUCUAUAAACAAAAGCGUAUGCCAGGCAGUCAUAAAAAAGCAGCGAGAGGUGAGGACGACAGAGAACGCUGCCUGCAAACACACGGUGAAGCCAUCCAUAGUAAAGGUCGAAGUCCUAGCGCUCUGCCUUUUGUGACACAGCUCUUAACCCUCGGCCAGUUGCCAUGCAACUCAAAUUCCAAAUCAAAAGGAAUUACCUCAACCACCGCUGGUCUUUCACAGUUGCAUUAGGAGUGCAAGGAUGUUGCUGACCUUUCUUUACAGUUGCACCGGCGGAGCAGCUCUUCUGUAUGUUCUCUACAGAUGGCUGAUCCCUGCUGCUGUGCAGUAUCAUGGAGGUUUGGCACUUAUUUGGCAUGAGGUCAUCGUGGAGCCCAUGCUGGACACGCUGACCCAGUCCACACGUCCUCAGCGGCUCCUGAGUGCAGUGCAGAAGAACGCCACUAGAGGAGACCCUUGUAGCGUGGUCAAAGCCAUUGAUCAGUUCUGCAGAUCCAAAGAGUGGGCCAUGAAUGUUGGGGAUGAGAAAGGCUGCAUUCUUGACUCAGUGGUAUCUGAGGUAAACCCAACCACCGUGUUGGAACUGGGAACCUACUGUGGCUACUCUACAGUGCGGAUUGCCAACCUGCUCCCCCCUCACGCCAAGCUCAUCACUCUCGAAUUUAACCCAGACUUUGCUGCCAUUGCUCGUCAGGUCAUUGCUUGGUCAGGAUUAGAGGAAAAGGUCCAGUUAGUUGAAGGAGCAUCUGGUGACUUGAUCCCCAAAAUGAAGGAGGACUUUGGGGUGAAAACAUUUGAUUUGGUUUUCCUGGAUCACUGGAAGGAUCGGUACCUUCCUGACACAAAAUUAAUGGAGGCGUGUGGCCUCCUCAGGAAAGGCAGCAUCCUCCUGGCAGACAACGUCAUCUGCCCCGGAACUCCUGAUUACUUGGAAUAUGUGCGCAGCAGCCCUCGAUACGAAAGCCAGUACUUCAAAUCUCACCUGGAGUACACCAAAGUGGAGGAUGGCUUGGAGAAAUCUGUCUUCUUAGGGUAGUUUCUAACAUAAAGUGUCAUGUUUUACAUAGGUACUAAUAAACCUCAGACCUCUGUUGUCUUGGGUUCACUGAGCAGACUUAAAAUGUGUUUUUCUAAUACAUCGUAGAGUGUGUUAACUUGAAAUUAAACGUGUUAUGUGAAGGAAUCACAAAUCAUUUGUGUUGCAUUUAUGAUGGAAGUCUCAAUGCUUGUUGCAGUCUCUAUAUUGGUACAGUAGGCGGCAGUAGUGAUACUGUUUUCAGGCAUCCAAUUGACAGAUGAAGAGCUGCAAACUGAUCCGGGGGCUGCUUUUUCCCAGAGCAUCGACUCAAAUCAAUAAUAAAUCUAAUCCAGCUGCAUUCUGUGGUGCAGAAACCUAUUUUGUGCUCUGAUAUUCCCCUCCAUUGUGCCAGCGUUGACAGGUGUAUGAAGAGAGCAAGUGUGUGUGUGUGUGUGAGAGAGAGUAUGAAUCAAAUUGCUGCUCAUUUAAUCUCUGAAAGUGACAGAGUUCCAUCAUACUGAGGAGGGGGAGGGUUUGACAUUUAGUCCAGCUCAAUAGGAUAAAAAAAAAGAAAAAAAAAGAAAUGAGCUAGUCCACCUAGUGCUUUCUUCACAGACGCCUGCAUGAUAAUCCCAAUCUGUG